AUGGGUAAAUACUGCAAAUUGAGCUUUACUCUUGAGGAGAUAAGGGCUGGAAAUGAAGAGGAGAUUGCCUAUCUAUGCCUUGUCCUCCUCCACUGUAUGUACAUCUCAAAAAGGGUUCCAUCACUAAUGAAGACAGCCCUUUCACUCCCUGAAGAUGUUCAAGAAAUCUUAUAUUGCUUACUCAAUGGCUUGCUGAAGGAAAGCUCUGCCAUAAAUCGAGAAGACCUUCAAAAUGCACUUGAUCGCCUUGACAAUGGCAAUCGGGAUUGCCAAAGCCAACCAGGCAGCUUUUGUACACCUGUUCAAGGAAAUGAGGAAGUUUUCAGCUCUACUCCAAGAAUGAAGCCUUUUCAUCAGUUCUUUCAGUCCCCAAUUGUAAGAGAGAAGCAGAUGCUUGAGGAAAAAGCAAGAAAAAUGAAAGUCUUGGAGAACCAGCUGGAAGCAGAAAAGAUGGAGAAAGAAGACCUGAAUGAAGAAUUCCAAAAGAUAAUGGCAGAAAGUAGAACUAAAGAUGAAAGAAUCUCCCGUUUGGAGGUUCAAGCUCUCAAGUUGCAGCGUAUACAGGAAGAAAUGGAACAGAAACUAAAGGAAGUAAACAAUGGAACAUGUCAAGGGAGUCAGGAAGAGAUCAUCCACCUGAGGAGCCAAGCCCAUGGGCUAAAAAUAGAUUUAAAUUUUUACAAGGAAGAGUUCAAGACCGUGAGUGAUGAAAGGAAUCAGUAUCUGGAGAAGGUCAAGGUAUUGGAAACUUCCCUGAAAAAGCUAAAGGAAGAAUUAUCAGGAAGAGUGGAGUUAGAAGUGGAGAAUGAAGAGCUUAAACUGAAAGUUGAAGCCCUGGUAGAUUCCCACAAGGCCUUGGAAAUCCGUUGUGAGGAACUCACCUCUUUCAUAGAACAGAUGCGAGGAGCAGGGAGGACUGCCUGCUUACCUCCAGAAACACUGGAAUGUGUUAUUGAUAAACUUCUGCAAGAGAAAACACAAGAGUUAGAAGAACUUCAACAGUGCUAUGAGAAGUUGAAAGGCCAAAGGGCCAGUGAAUGUGAAGAAUGGGCCAAAACUAAAUCUAGCUGGGAAGCAAAAGUUGCAAAUGUCACAGAAGAAAAGAACAGGACUGUCUUGAAACUACAAGCUGUGGAAGAAAACUUGAAUGUCCAAGAGACCAAGUGCUGGCAGAUGCAGAAGGACAUGCAAAGCUUACAGCAUAAACUUCAUUCUCUUCAAGAGGAGUUUGGCACAAUGAAGGAGGAAAAUGCAAAGCUAGGAGAAGAAAAGGAAAAGCAGAGCAUGGAAGUGACACAUCUGCACUCAUGUUUAAACAACAUUACGAGUGAACGGGAUCAUCUCCAGUCAGUCCUUAAUGAGAAGUGUGAACAGGAGAAACUGGUAAAGGACAAGAUAGAUUCACUUGACAACAAAAUCCUGGAAUUGCAGGACAUCGUAUGCUAUAAAGAUGAGUUACUGGAAUCAACAGAGAGGAAGUACAAGGAGCAGGUUUUCAGAUUUGAAGGAAAACUCAAGGAGAAGGAGAGUCAGUUACUUGAGGGAGAGAAGAAGUUUCAAGAAAUGGAGAAGAAUCUCCAGCACUCAAUGAGCAUUCACAAGGAACUAAAGUCCACAAUUAUCCAAUUGGAAGAUAUGAAGUCCCAUCAUAUGGCAGUCAUGAAGGGCCUUCAAGAAAACCUUGAGGGAUGUAUACAUCAAAUGGAUGCAUUGCAGCAGGAGAAAAAGGAGAAAGAAGUUGCAGUUGCUGAAAAAAUUCAAAUUAUUCAGAACCUAGAAAUAGAGGUGAAGGCAAUGGAAGUCAAAUUCAUGAAGUUGGAGGAAGUUCAAGAUCAACUGCAGUCUGAGAAGUUGAAGGUGGAGGAACUUAAUAAACAGCAGUGUAUUGCACUAGAAAAUCUUCAAAAAGAACUGCAUGAUGAAAUGCAUCAAAUGCAGGAAUUAAAAAGUGUUCUCAGUGAAAAGGAAGCCAUCAUCACUUUGAAGACUGAAGAGGUCUCUGGAGUCACAUCACAGCUUCAUCAAAAAGAGAUUAAAUGCCAAGAGUAUGAAGAAUGCCAAAAGGAUCUUCAGUCACAAAUUAUGGGGCUUCAAGAAUCUGAGAGUAAGCUGAGCAUGGCAGUUGCUAAAUUGGAGCAGAACUUUGCUGAAAGUCUGAGAGAGAAAGAAAUAUGUCAGAGAGAGUUGGAAAAGAAUGAAGUUGUGAUUAAUAAACAAAUUGAACAGAUCCAUUUAGCUGAGAAGCAAAUACAAAUAACAGAAGAGGAAUGUCUUAGGCUAGCAAAAAUACAGGAAGAACUUGAGGUGCAACUCAGGAAGCUGGUAGAAAAACACAAAAGUCAAGGUCUUGUCUUGGUUGAUGCUCAAAAUAAUCUUCAAGAACAUAUCCUUAAGGUGGAACAGUUGACCCAAGAACUGGAGCAGAAGAAUGUUGUAAUUCAAGAGAAGUUAACUGAGGUCACUGACUUGCAAGAGUCUGUUCAUAGAAUGAGGUCAACACUUGAGGAGACAGAAAGCAUCCAUAAAAAAGAAAAUGACUGUGUGCAAAAAGAGAUUGAGGAGAGGUCCUUUUUGAAUUUGAAACUGGAGCAACAAUUGGAAGAAACGAAAAAUGUCAUCUGUCAGAAGAAUGAGCAAAUUUCAAUUUUAGAACAGAACCUCCUGUUGAAAGAUCAAGAACUUCAUGUGCUCCAAGAGGAAAUAAAGGACAGCAACCAGAAAUUGAAAGAUCUACAGCAACAGAUACAGGAGAAAGAAACCCUCAUCACUCACACAUAUGAGGAGAUUUGUGAUAGUCAAACAAUGUUGCAAGGAGCAAGGGAUGCAGUUGGUAAGCUUGAGGCAGAGAAGUCUGCAUUGGAGGAAGCCAGAAAGGAACAGGACGAAGAUAAGAACAUCAUGAAAGACCAGUUACAGGAGAAUUUGAAUGAAAUCCUGGCAUUGAAGCAGCAGGUUGAGGAGAAAGAGCAUAUUAUCAACCAGAAGAAUGAUGAAAUUCACCAGACUGAGGAGGAGCUUCAUGAGAUCAAAUCACAAAUGGAGCAACUCAAAACUCAAUACCAAACUCUUGAAAAAGAAAUUAAUUGCAGAGAUACCCAAGUGCAGCUCUGGGAGCAACAACUUGAAGAAAAGCAAAAUUUCAUCAGUCAGAAGGAUGAGAAGAUCUCUGCCCUAGAACAGGACCUUCUGUUGAAAGAUCAAGAAUUCCAUGUGCUCCAGGAGAAAGUGGAUGACAGCAACCAGCAGUUGAAAGAUCUAUGCCAGCAGAUGCAAGAAAAGGAAACCAUCAUCAGUCAAAAGCAUGAGGAGAUUUGUGCCAGUCAAGUAAAGCUGCAAGAAGCUAAGGAUGCAGUUGUUAAGCUUGAGGCAGAGAAGUCUGUAUUGGAAAAAGCCAGAAAGAGACAGGAUGAUGACCUUAUCACUGUGGAAGACCAAUUGCAUGAGCAUUUGAAUCAAUUGCAGACAUUUGAACUGCGAGUUGAGGAGAAAGAGAAUAUCAUCAACCAGAAGAAUGAUGAAAUUCACCAGACUGAGGAGGAGCUUCAUGAGAUCAAAUCACAAAUGGAGCAACUCAAAACUCAAUACCAAACUCUUGAAAAAGAAAUUAAUUGCAGAGAUGCCAAAGUGCAACUCCUGAAACAACAGUUGCAUGAGAAGGAGAAUCUUGCAAAUCAGAAAAAUGAUGAAGUAUGUGUCAUGACAGAGAAACUCUGCACUGCUGAGUCUGCAUUGAAUGAAAUAAGAAAUAAGUAUGAUGCUGUUAAUAAGCAGCUGCAGUCUAACAUUACUCAGUUGAAGGAAUUGAAACAACAAACUGAAGAAAAAGGUGCCCUCACAGUUAAGAAGAUUGAGGAUUUCACAUCUCUCCAAGAUGAAGUGUGUGCUCUUCGAGUCAUAAAAGCAGAGAGUGACUCUCAACUGAAAGAAAUGAAUGGGUACUUGAGCAAUAUGAUGCAGAUCCUGUGCGCAGAGCUGCCAGAUAUUGUACAAGGAAUGCCAGAAACUGAAGUUGAGAGCAUUGAACAGUUUGCAGCCAGUAAAGAACUAGAAGUCACCUCAGCCAUGCACAAACUGCAAACAAUCCUGGCCAAGAUUAUCAGUGAAUUCCAUGCAAAAAUUAAAACCAUGGGAGAUGUGCAGACAACCCUGACAGAGGAAAAAGCCACAAUCCAGGAAAAGUUGAAUGACUUGGAGAAGGAAAAACGUUUGUAUGAGGAAGCUGUUGUUUUAUCUUACCAAAAGCUCACAAGCAUGAUGCAUAAUUUGGUGUCAGCAGGACGGGACAGCCUUGGAGCAGCCCUCGAAGAGAGUACUAGUGUGAAGGAUUCUUUUGCAUCGUUUGAAGCUUCUCUCCAAGAACUCGUGUCUACUCUCUAUGACAUGGGAGCAUCUUUGCUUUCCUGUAACAAGUCUCUUCUCAACUCCUCAGAGGAGAAUUUCCAGAAAUUAGCAUCAGCCCUGUCUCAGAUGCAGUCUCAGUAUCAAUCAGCUCAUGAAGAGAUUGACCUCCUGAAGAAUGAGUUGGCAGAGUCUAGAAGGCAACUAGAUCUAGCUAGAGAAGAGGUCUGUAAUCUCCGGAACACCCUCGAAGCUGAUCGUAAUGCUUAUGAAGAAGAGAGAGAAGAAUUGGUCAACAUGAACUAUGAGUUGAAACAGAAACUCCAAGGGGAGAAGGAUGACUUUGAAAACCUGUGUAACAACUUGGAAGUUGAAAACAGCAACCUGAAUGAGCAAGUCAAGGACUUGGAGACCUCUCAGGCCGAGCUUCUAUCAGAAUUUGAGAAAUCAACAGUAGAAUUAUCCAAACUUCAGGAAUUGCAAGAAAAGGUGUCAUCCCUUGAAGCAGAAAAUAUCAUGAUGUCAGAAAAACUCAAAGAACUUGAAGCUUCUAAGAAAAAUGAGGAUGUAAAGGAAGAUGAGUUGAAGGCCAAAGUGUCCACCCUGGAGAAGGAAGUCAAGAAACUGGUCAAGACUGGAGACAGCCUAAAACAUGAUUGUGAGACCCUGAGAGCAGAACUCUCUGAGAAGGAGACACAGUUGGAAAAUACCCACAGCAAUGCAAUGAAGUACCAGGAGAGGAUGGAGCAACUGCAAGUGGAUUUAGAGCGUUUUAAGAGGCAAAAAGUACAUACUGACUCUGACAUUGUUGACCUGGAGAGAAAAAAGAUUGAACUAGAAAUGAAAAUUAUGGACCUGGAGAAUAAACACCUUGAGAAACUCUACCAGGCAAAGAAUGAAAUGAAAUCCAUCUUCAAGUCAGAGGUUGAGAAAGUGUCUGCCAUGUGUGAGGAGGUGAAGAGAGAAAAGGAUCAGCUGUCAGCUAAAUAUGAAGCAUCCAAGAAGAAACUGGCUGAGCUGAGCAGACACCUGCAGCAACAGGAGUCAAAAUAUGAAGAAUUUCUCAAUGAGCGGCAGAAAAUUGGUGAAGCAUAUGAGGCCAAGAGAUCAAUGCUACAGGAAGCCAAAAAUACGUUGGAUAGGGAGAAGACAUGUAGAAAAAAAGCUGAAGUCAAGGUGGAGCUUCUUGAAAAGGAGCAAGUUCCUCUCCUGGAGAAGAUAAGGGGACUAGAAAUUUCACUGAAAAGAGAAGUGGCAGCAAGAAGGAGUGCAGAAGUCCAAACUAAAUAUGCAGAGGAUCAGCUUCGAAAGUUGCAAAAACAGCUUGAUGGCCAGCCACCAAUUCGCAAAACCCAAAGUGAGACCAAUUCUGGAAGAGGCGUGAGAAGGAGAGCUGAAUCCAUCAACAGUCCACCCACAGAAAAUAUUUAUGAGACUAUUCAAGAAUGUGAAGGGCAAUACCAAUCUUCAAGAAGCCUACAUUUCACAAGAGGUGCAAGUGUAUCUGCUGAAUAUGUCAAUCUUGGAAACAGGGCAAAUCAAGAAGUCUUCAAAGUCCCAAGAGCUCCUGCAGGCUCUACAACUUCACUAGCAUCCUCAUCCUCAUCCUCCUCCUCCUUCCAUCAUCGUUCUGUGCCUCUUGGCACUGAAGGGAGAGGCCACGAAGACACUUGCAGUCGUAUGAGCGAACUCUCCCGCCGAAACACUCUGUAUCUUCCACACAUGAAGAGCUCCUACCCCUGUGAGACUCAGUUCAUCGAACCAACGCACUUCACAGAACAUGAACUCAAGGCUGGGGUUAACUUUGAAGAGACCUCAAUCGGAAAAUUGGUGAAGAGUGCAGAAGAUCUCCAGCUUGAUUCUCCGGCCGAAAACACUCGCAGCAAGACAAGACACACGUUGCUAGCAGUAACUCCACUCAAGGGUGGUCGAUAUCUACUACACACGAGCCAAGAAUCACCUCUCACGGACAGUCCAGCCUUUAGCACCCGGAAGAGGAAGUCUCCUGACAGUGUCCGAAGCUUUGGCAGCCUGAAUGACAGCACUAGCAGCCGGAAGAAAGUUUCCAAACUCGUCUCACAGCAGACAACGUACCAGAGACCGGGACCUCCAACACCUGGCAAAUACUCGAGUUCCCAGAAGCCCAUGGAAUCUGACACUCCAUCUUCAGUUUCUUCAACUGGGAGCAGGUCCCGCUUCAUGCCCAAGACUCCAGCUAGUAUUCAUCGUCUUCUAGGACAUCAUAGAUCCAAGAAUGGGAACCCCAAGACCCCGAAACGAAAGAAGCAAAUCGAGGCAGAGAACACUCCUCCCACAGAUGUCACUCAGCAGGUGGAGCGAAAAAACACUGCUUUUACUAUAGGAUUUUCCCCAAAACAAUCGAAACCUUCAAGGAAACCUCCUCAGUCACCACCUCACAUUUCUACCAAGCAGAAGGUACCCAAAACAUCUACACAAACAACCACCCGCAGAGGAUUUCGUGCACCCUUUUCCAAUCGAAGCAACAUGGUGAAGAAAUGA